AUGUCCACCGACGAGAGCUUCAUUACUCUGAACGAUGGGAACCGAGUUCCUUGGUUAGCGUUUGGCAUAGGCACUGCGCAUUACAACACGGACGCUACGGCUGUUGUCAAACUCGCCAUUGACUCCGGCGUCACCCACCUUGAUGGGGCCCAGAUGUACAACAAUGAAGAAUCUAUAGCUCAGGGGGUUAAGGCGUCGGGGAAGCCGCGGUCGGAAUUGUUCAUCGUCACGAAGUUGCACAAACUCGCGCCCGGGGAGACCGUCAAGGAUUCCCUUCGAGCAUCAUUGGCGAAAUUAGGCACAGAUUACGUGGACCUGUUCCUUAUCCACGUCCCGACCCCUUGGGAUAAGGAAGGAACACUCGGGCAGGUAUGGAAGGGCAUGGAAGAAGUCAAGCACGAAGGAUUGGCCAAAUCAAUUGGGGUCUCCAAUUUCAAGGUUGAGGACUUGAAGCAAGUUCUUGACGGCGCAACUAUUAUACCUGCCGUAAAUCAGAUCGAGUUCCAUCCUUAUGUUUAUAAAUCUAUCCAGCCUAUCGUAGCGCUUGGGGAAGAACAUGGCAUUACUACAGCUUCUUACGGUGGCUUAUCACCUGUAGUGAGGGUUCCGGAUGGUCCUUUGUCCCCCGUUCUUGAAACCGUUCGUUCUCGCCUCGAAGCGACGCGGGGGAAGCCGGUCUCCGUUGGUCAGGUUCUAACGAAGUGGAUCCACCAGAAGGGUGCCAUCGUUGUAACGACGAGCUCAAAGGAGGAGAGAAUCAAGGAAUAUCUAGAUACUAUCAACGUCCCCGACCUGACUGAGGAUGAGAUAAAGUUGAUCGACGAAACCGGUGCGCAGCUUCACAAGAGGGUGUUUUUGUCUCAUCUCUUUGGGGAGUAA